AUGACACAAGCUAGUGAAUUUUAUACUGAAAGAGUUUUACAACAAAGAAUGCAGAGAAAGAAAAGAAAAUUACAAUAUAUAGAAGUUGUUGAUAAUGGAUCAGAUGUUGAUACUGAUUCAAUCAGUGAUUCAAAAGAUGUGGUUUAUUCAAAGGUAUUAGGAGAUACAACAAAAGCAACAGUAAUCAAUCAAAAAGGAUUUGAUUUUAAAAUUGAUGAUCGUUAUUUUUCUGAUGAAGAUGGUUCCCAACAUUCUUAUUCUCUAGAUGAUGAUGAUAAUCUUCAUAUAUAUGAAGAUGAUUUAUUUUCACAAGAUGUAACAUCACCAUUAUAUGAACAAGGAACUAUAGCUAUCGACAAAGCUGUUAAACGCAUAUUGAAUUUUUGUAUUGAUUCGAAUCUUGAUAAACUCAAUGUGAUCUCUUUAAUGCAUUUGAUCAAAUCGUUAUUGAUGGAACCGAAUCAUCUUCCCACCACAUUUCAUCCAAUACUAAAAACACAAGAUAUUAUUGAUAAAAUAUUUGUUAGCCAAAGUCCAAUAUUAUUUACACAAAUAUAUGAAGAAAUAUAUUCAAUAACAAUACCUGAAGAUAAGGAAUUUUAUCGUCAACGUUUUCUUUAUACUCUUGAAAGAAAAUAUAAUCAAUUUUUAUCAUCACGACAUUUACAUCGUUGUAUGACACUUGUUAUAGCAAAUCAUGUUGUACAACAACCAAAUCCUAAAAUAAUCUUAAUUGAUGAUGUUGAAAAUUUAAUACGUCAACUUUUAACAUUUAUUAAAGUAGCAUGUGUUGAAUAUCUUGACACAUGUUUAAUUUAUUAA